GAUUCUGAAGGAGGUCUCUAUGUGUGCAUGAACACGUUUCUGGGAUUUGGAAGGGAACACAUUGAAAGACAUUACCGGAAAACAGGACAGUGUGUGUAUUUGCAUCUGAAACGCCGUGUGAUAGAGAAGGUACCAGGAGCAUCUGGUGGAGCUUUACCAAAAAGGAGGAAUGCUAAGCUAUUUUUAGAUCUAGAGAUAAACAGUGAUCUCAACAGUGAUGACUUUGAAUAUGAAGAUGAAGCAAAACUUAUUAUAUUUCCUGAUCACUAUGAAAUCUCAUUACCCAAUAUAGAAGAGUUACCAGCACUGGUGACGAUAGCUUGUGAUGCACUCCUCAGUGCAAAAUCACCCUACAGGAAGCAGCACCCUGACUCCUGGGAAGAAGAGCUGCAGGCGUCUAAACAUGCCAAAACACUUGUACAGUUAGACAAUGGUGUUAGAAUUCCCCCCAGUGGUUGGAAAUGCUCAAAGUGUGACCUGCGGGAGAAUCUGUGGCUAAACCUGACAGAUGGUUCUGUGCUGUGUGGAAAGUGGUUCUUUGAUGGCAGUGGGGGGAACGGGCAUGCAAUGGAGCACUACAAGGAGACAGGUUAUCCCCUGGCAGUGAAGUUGGGAACCAUCACUCCUGAUGGAGCAGAUGUCUAUUCCUUUGAUGAAGAGGAGCCUGUUUUAGAUCCACAUAUAGCGAAACAUCUGGCACACUUUGGAAUUGAUAUGCUGCAGAUGCAAGUGACAGAGAAUGGGCUAAGAGAUAAUGAUAUAAAGCCAAGAGUCUCAGAAUGGGAAGUAAUUCAGGAAGCUGGUGUGAAACUCAAGCCCAUGUAUGGCCCAGGAUACACUGGCAUGAAGAACCUGGGAAAUAGCUGCUACCUCAAUGCUGUCAUGCAAGCCAUUUUCAGCAUCCCAGAGUUCCAGCGAGCGUAUGUGGGAAAUCUUCCACGAAUAUUUGACUACUCUCCUCUUGAUCCAACACAAGAUUUCAACACUCAGAUGGCUAAACUGGGACACGGCCUCCUUUCAGGCCAAUACUCUAAGCCACCCAUGAAAUCUGAGCUUAUUGAGCAGGUGAUGAAAGAAGAACACAAGCCUCAGCACAAUGGAAUAUCUCCCAGAAUGUUUAAGGCUUUUAUAAGUAAAGGCCACCCAGAAUUUUCCUCUAAUAGACAACAAGACGCACAGGAGUUUUUCCUACAUCUUAUAAAUCUAGUAGAGAGGAAUCCUGUGGGUUCAGAAAACCCGAGCGAUGUUUUCCGGUUCCUGGUGGAAGAGCGCACACAGUGCUGCCAGUCCAGAAAGGUUCGCUACACAGAGAGGGUGGACUACAUCAUGCAGUUACCUGUUGCCAUGGAGGCAGCAACAAACAAAGAUGAAUUAAUUGCCUAUGAACUGAAGAGGCGAGAAGCAGAAGCUGCAAGGAGACCUCCACCAGAGCUUGUCCGUGCCAAGAUCCCAUUUAGUGCAUGUCUGCAGGCCUUUUCUGAACCAAGCAAUGUAGAGGAUUUCUGGAGCAGUGCCCUUCAAGCAAAAUCUGCAGGAGUUAAGACUUCUCGGUUUGCUUCAUUUCCUGAAUAUUUAGUGGUGCAGAUAAAGAAAUUCACCUUUGGCCUUGAUUGGAUACCCAAAAAGCUUGAUGUUUCUGUAGACAUGCCAGAUUUCCUGGAUAUCAGUCACCUCCGGGCCAGGGGCCUCCAGCCAGGAGAAGAGGAACUUCCAGACAUUGCUCCUCCCAUUGUCAUUCCUGAUGACCCAAAAGAUCGUAUGACGAACCAUUUCAUGGAGUCCCUAGAUAUUGAUGAGUCUUCAGUUAUGCAGCUGGCAGAGAUGGGCUUUCCUUUGGAAGCAUGUCGGAAAGCUGUGUACUAUACAGGCAACCUGGGAGCUGAAGUUGCUUUCAACUGGAUCAUUGCACACAUGGAAGAACCAGACUUUGCUGAGCCAUUGGUCAUGCCUGCAUUUGGAGAAGUUGCUUCCAGUGGGGCAGCUGCAUUAGGAGCUGUAGGGCUAGAUAACCAACCUCCUGAAGAGAUGGUUGCAAUUAUAAUUUCCAUGGGAUUCCAAAGAAAUCUAGCAAUUCAAGCACUGAAGGCAACAAACAACAAUUUGGAGCGUGCACUGGAGUGGAUCUUCUGCCACCCUGACCUUGAGGAAGAAAAUGAGCCUGCUUUGGACACAAUGGAUAUGGAGAACAAUGUCAAUGCCAACAUCCUUGCAGAGACAGGGUCAGAGGGACCCAGGAUCAAAGACGGGCCUGGAAGAUAUGAACUGUUCGGGUUCAUCAGCCACAUGGGAACAUCCACAAUGAGUGGCCACUACGUUUGUCAUCUCAAAAAGGAAGGAAGAUGGGUGAUCUACAAUGACCUUAGAGUCUGUGCCUCAGAACGACCUCCCAAAGACCUGGGCUACAUUUAUUUUUACCACAGGAUACCAAGUUAAACCUCAAAUCUCUUGCCUGGCCUUAAGAAGCCAUAAGCCUUUUUAACCUGCCCAAA